AUGUUUCCCACAUUCUGCAUCAUGAUGUGUUCAGGAUGUUUCAUCCUGGCCAUGGUUGGACAUUACAUUCCCGGGAUAAUGAUCUCCUACAUCAUAUUGCUGAGUGUGCUGCUGUGGCCUCUGGUGGUUUACCAUGAGCUGAUCCAGAAAAUGUACACCGGACUGGAGCCCAUACUGAUGAAACUCGACUACAGCAUGAAAGGAGACACACAGCACCGCAAAUACGACAAGAGAAAGCUGAAAAAGGAGCAGGAAGAUGGUGAUGAGCCGAGGGCAGAGACCGAGAGCGAGAGCGAGGAGGAGCUGUCGUGUUUCGCCCCUACUGUGGAUGUGAAGACCACGGCUCUGGCGAUGGCCAUCACAGACUCUGAGCUGUCCGAUGAGGAGGCAUCUAUACUGGAGAGUGGAGGAUUCUCUGUGUCCAGAGCCACCACACCACAGCUCACAGACGUCUCUGAAGACCUGGAUCAGCAGAGCGUGCACAGUGAACCGGAGGAGGCGUUCUCUAGAGACCUAGCAGAGUUCCCGUCGGUGGACGAGCUGCCUUCUAUUGAACCGGGUCUGUUCCAUUUCCCGCUGGGCGUUCUCGGGUCUGAGCAGACAGGAGCAUCUGGAUCCGAGCUCCAGGAGGAGCCGCUGUCUCCGGCCAGCCUCCUCAUCCAGCACUUAGCAUCUCCGCUCCACUUUGUCAACACACACUUCAAUGGACACGGACAAGCGGUGGGGGCGGACCAAAGCAUUGUGGGUACUGAAAAAGAGGGAGGGGGAUCGGCUGCGGGCGUUUCGAGACCCGCUCGGUCCCUGGAAGCCCUCAGCGAGGAGAUAGUGAGCACGGCCAUCUCUACCGUAGUACAGAACACUCUCUCAGCCCUGUUGCGGUCUACCGAGGCCAGCGAGGGCUUGUCAAUGGCUUCAUUUCUUCCCACCGAAACACCUCCUUGCCCGAUGGAAAUGCCCCUCGAGUCGCCUUCCACCCAGGAAGCCAGCGCAGAAGAAGAGGACGUCGACGUCACCGAAGCAAGCACCGAAGAGCAACCGGAUGUCACGCUCGUACCCACCGAGGAAGAGGACUUUGAGCUUCUGGACCAAAGCGAACUGGAACAAAUGGAUGAGGGGUUGGGCCUUGGUGUUGAUGGACAGGAAGCGGGCGGGGCUUCCACAGACACGCCCCCAAGCAGUCAGCAGCACGCAGACCAGCAGGAUUCCUAGCUUCGUGUCAUCUAAACUGUUUAUUUUAUUUAUAGUCCUUGUAGAUACCAUAUACUGACAAACGAUUCGUGAAAGGGAAUUUUGCGGUCAGCUAUGCCUUUAUUUUGUUGUUUUCGGGAGUGAGAUCACUGUGAUUGUUGGUGGGCUUUUGUUUCCUGAGCAGGUGAAUGUCCAAAACGUAAAACGUUUGACGCAAAUCCUAAAAGCGAUUAUAAUUUUUUUCUUUUUUUUUUGACA